AUGUCAACGUCAAUGUCGCUACUGUCUGCCGGGACUGAUGAUUUACGUCGGCCUCUUUCUACCCAGGAGUCUGGGGAGAUCAGCUGGGACCCCUCCCGCUAUCAUCGCUCAACACGGAGGAUGGUCUAUGACUUUCUACACCCAGGUGAAGAAGAGCUUCUUAGAUUUUACUCUCUUCGUUUCUGCCGAUUGGCCGAUGCUCACUUGUGGCUGCUGCCAGUGCUGAUCGGUGUGAAUUUGCUGCAGGUCUUGAUCUUGCUAAUGGUCCUCCAUUGGAAUCUGGAUUAUGACUUCUGGGAAUUGAGGAUCUUGGUCUUGGUUCUCACUGCAACACUUUUCACCGCGGAAGUCUUGCUGCGAGUCUGGGCAUGUGUUGAGGAGCAUCCUGCCCUAGCGCUGCAGCCAAAUCUGAGCCGUAUACGCUUUUCCCUCAUGCCAUUGAACAGCCUGGAUGUGGCAACCAGUGGUCUUCUCUGGGUCUUCGCCUUGAUGGUCACCCAGCGCCACGAGGUGAACCACAUGGAAGUGUUCUUCAGGUUGGGCUUGCUCAUCUCCAUGGCCAGCGGUGGUGCGAUGCGCUCGCGCUCCCGUAGCUGGAGGUCUAAGAGCAGCGCUGCUUCUUUGCACCCCGAGAAGAUCGUGGAGUACGACUUCCAAGCCGAUCGGUGGAAGACCAGUGUGUCCUUCCGCCCGGGAGGCAUGAAGCGAAGAGGGAGCAUCUUCGAGAAUUUGCCACAGGAAGAUGCUUUUGGAUUUGAUCCCGAAUCAGGCCGCAAGUUCAGGUUGUUGCUGAUCAUUAGUGCUGCACUAAGCAGCAUCACCUCCUUCGCUGUAGAUCGGGGCGCUGGUGUCUUACAGGGGAUGACAAAGGAGCUGCUGCUGGUGGUCGAAGACUUCAUGGGUUUCUCCUCGAAGAUCUUGCACUUCUGGGUCAUAUUUUUCUGCAACGGCGCCUUGCUCUGGAGCGCCUAUGCUUUGGUGCGCUUCAGCCCUGAGGCGGCUGGCUCAGGUCUCCCGGAGGUGAAAUGCAUCUUGAGUGGCAUCGAGCUUUCCAACUUCCUCCAGCCACGGGUGUUGGCGGCCAAGUCCCUGGGUCUUACCCUGGUUCUUGGGGCAUCAAUGCCGGUGGGCAAGGAAGGGCCUUUCGUGCAUAUCGCAUCCUGUAUCAGUGCGAUUCUGCUGGAGUCGGAGCGGUGCUUUGCUAACGUGAGCUUGGACAGACAGGAGGUGCUGCUGGCUGCAGUGGCGGUUGGAGUGGGUGCCACCUUUUCCGCUCCUGUCGGAGGAGUCUUGUUCGCCUUGGAGCUGAUGAUGCCAAGACUGUAUGACACCUCCUCAUAUUCCGCGUGCUUCUUUGCUUCCACCUUUGGGACCUUUGUCUUCAUGUGCUUGAACAUGCUCUUCUCUGGAAGUGGUCAGCUGAAGCCUCUCUUCAAUUCAGACAUUACAGCUGAGCAGGGGCCCACUUUAGAGGCUGAGAUCCUUUUCAUCAUCCUUUGCUUGAUCACUGGUGCGCUCAGUGGAGCUUUGGCAAGUGCCUUCGUGCUGUGCCACAGGCGCGCGGUUGGGGCCAUGAACGCUCUUCGAGGUUUAGCGCCGCUCUUUGGGGAGACGAAAGCUGGCCAGUCGGUACCACGAGACCUAGUGAUCUUCCUUUGUGCCGGUGGCAUCGGAGCGAUGCUGCAAGCGGGCGCUGGCAGCAAGCUCCUGACUUUGGGCACUGGGCCGUUCCUCAGCUGCAUAUUUAGCACCCAAGCUCAUCUUACGAAUCCAGAGCUGGCUACGUUGGGUGGUCUAAUGAUCCUCUUCUUGACGAAGACUAGCUUCACGGUCAUGGCGCUUUCGAUGCCUGUGCCGGCAGGAGUGGUGGCCCCAUCAUUGAUGCUGGGAGGAAUCUUCGGUCGCUUGGUGGCUGCGAUGUUGCCUCAAAACUGUAUCGAAUAUUUGGCGCCGGAUGGGGACUUCGGACAGUACAUCGCAAGGCUGGCGAUUGUGGGUGCCACUUGCUUCUGCGGUGCUGUGUGCCGUGUGAACUCCGUGGUCGUCACUGUCUUCGAGCUCAUCGCUGUCCCGCGAUUGAUCCUGCCGUUGACGUUGGCCACGAUUGUGUCCAACUUCUGUGCGAACAGUGUUGGUCCCUCUAUCUUCGACUCCAUCCUCCUCAUGAAGAAGAUCCCAGCCAUGCCGACCUUGAGGGCUUCGGCGCGUGCCUUGCAAUCGGUCCGGAAGAUCCUGGAUCCAACGAUGAUGAGCCUCUGCCUGCCACGCCGUGCCCAACGUACCGACUUCACACGAUUGCAUUUCAUCAAGAAGAGCCGAGAGGAUGAGGGACGAAGCGUGCCUCGCAUGAUCCCCAUUGUGGACGAGGUGAAAACAGGUGGUGAACCUCGCCUGGUGCUGCUCGGUGCUGUGACCUGGGAGGACUUAGAUGCUCUACAGGUGGCUGGAGGCGAAGACAUGCUGGUCUCGGCCGCGAAGCUGGGCAAGAUCUUGCAGGAUCCUUUGCGCAUCAACCCUCACAUCUCCUUGAAAAAGGCCUACAUCGAAAGCCAAUCAGUUCCACGCAAGGGUCCUAUGAUGGUCGUCGAGGACGGCUUCCUCGUGGGCAUCUUGCCGCACGAUGAUUUGGUGCGUUCCGGAGCUGAAGCCGCCAAGUAUGCGCCAAGACUUCAGAUCGAAGAGGACUUGGAGAGACAUGAAGGCUGUGUGAACUGCUUGGCUUGGAGCCGUGAUGGAAGCCUUCUAGCUUCCGGCAGCGACGACACGUGCCUUUGCAUUUGGUCCUACAGUCUCAGGAUGCGGUUGAAGCUCUGCCUCAAAACAGGGCAUGCUGCAAAUAUUUUUGGUGUGGCCUUCUUGGCCAACGAGCCACUCGUGUCCACCUGCUCCGUCGAUGGCACCGUGCGCCUCAUGGACAUUGCUGCAGAGCGUUGCGCGUCCGUGUGGCGCGCGCACACCAGAGGGGCCAAUAAAGUCGUGACCACCUGUGAGGAGCCCAACCUGGUGACUUCUUGUGGAGGUUCCGACUGCGGGCACCUCUUUAUCUGGGAUGCCGCUUCGGCACAGCUGCUGCUGGUGCGCCGAGGCACGAAGUGCACGAAGUGCGCGACCGAAGUGUCGCAAAGCCAUGAAGGCUAUAGUCCAGAACAAGGUUCCUUCGAAGGCCGCCCCUGGGUGCCAGCCAGCCCUCACAACUGUUCCGAAAAUUAUCACUAUUGCCAGAUCUCUGCUCCGUUGCUGGAAGAACACGAGGAGCAGCAGUUGCCGGGAGCCAUGACGGACGAAUUCUUCAUGUACAAAUACAAGACGCUCGAGAUCCAUUGGUGCCCAAUUGGUGUGCAACAUGAAUGGCACAAUUGCGUUUAUGGUCACAACUAUCAAGAUGCUCGACGCCCACCCAGUAUCGGCUAUGGUGCCAGGCUUUGCCCCUACUGGUCCAAAAAGGACACAGGAGCUGAAUACUCACAGCGCUGCCCCCUGGGCCUGCGCUGCCCAUACUCUCAUGGUGCCAAGGAGCAGCUGUACCACCCUCACUACUUCAAGACAGUCAUUUGUCGUGAUGUACGCGGGAAGGUUUGUCCUCGGCAAAAGCUUUGUGCGUUUUACCAUCAUCGCAACGAGAAGCGUCCCACGCCGCAGGAUGAAGUGGAUUAUGCUUUGCCUUUGCCGACUGAGAAUUUACCAGACAAGUGGACAGCCGACUUCUUAUCUCCACCGUUCAUGCCAGAGACCACGAAGCAAAAAGAUGGAAAGCCUGAGCGCCAAAGUCCAGAGCAGCCAAUGCAAUCAACGCAGUCAAUGCAGCAACAAUGUGUCUAUUUUAUGCCUAUGGGAUCUACAGAGAGGUCUGAAGAAUUCAAUGCAUUCAACUUUCGUGACUCUGAGGCUUAG